CUCCGCCUGGUUGGCCAUGGCCGAGAUCGCCAGCGUCCGCCCCAGCUUCGAUGUCUCCCCCAUUGUGGCGGGCCUCAUCGGGGCCACGGUCCUCGUGGUCUCAGUCUCGGUGACGGUCUUUGUGUGGAGCUGCUGCCAUCAGCAGCUGGAGAAGAAGCAGAAGAACGCCCCAUACAAGUUCAUCCACAUGUUGAAAGGCAUCAGCAUCUACCCGGAGACUCUCAGCAACAAGAAGAAGAUCAUACGCAUCCGGCGGGACAAGAAGGGCGUGGCCAGGAAAGACGGGGACGGGCACCUCCUGGCGGACGCAGCCGAGGCGGGCUUGGUGGGCUCCGAAACCACGUCCGGUGGGUUGAACUCUCCCGUCAACCCACUCCCCAUCAAAGUUGAGUACGGAGAAGAACCGAGUCCUCACCAAAGUUUGACCCCGGCGGGGAGCAAGACCUCCUCGCUGUCAUCUCCCGAAGACGAGAUCAUGCUAGGGACACUGACCUUCUCGGUGGAUUACAACUUCCCCAAAAAAGCCCUGGUGGUCACCAUCCAAGAAGCCCACGGUUUGCCGGUGAUGGACGAACACAACCAAGGUUCGGAUCCCUACAUCAAGAUGACCAUCCUGCCGGACAAGAGGCACCGGGUGAAGACUCGCGUCCUGCGGAAGACGCUGGACCCCGUCUUCGACGAGACCUUCACCUUCUACGGCAUCCCUUACAGCCAGCUGCAGGAUUUGGUCCUCCACUUCCUGGUGCUCAGCUUCGACCGUUUUUCUCGGGAUGACGUCAUCGGGGAGGUGAUGGUACCACUGGCGGGGGUGGACCCCAGCACCGGGAAAGUCCAUCUGACGAGGGAGAUCAUCAAGAGGAACAUACAGAAAUGCAUCAGCAGAGGAGAGCUACAGGUUUCCUUGUCCUACCAGCCUGUCACUCAGAGGAUGACCGUCAUGGUGUUGAAGGCGAGACAGCUGCCCAAGAUGGACAUCACGGGGCUCUCAG